AUGAAGCACGACGUUAUAUGCAAACAAGUCGGAGCCUCAUUACGAAGAAGUGUUUCAUUACUAUCCGAACCAGCAAUACAAGACACACUCAUCAAACUCAUCGAAAUCCAAGAUCCAUAUACGAAAACUGAUGUAUUAUCAUUCAUUUCACGGCUACAUAUUUCAAAUCCGCCCUCUCCAUUGAUUAAUUUACUACUCAUCCGACUGUGCGAUGAGAAUGAGGAUGCCAGAAUGACUGCAUGUGAAACCCUCAUGAAUCUGGACGAAAAGGCAGCAACCAAUCAUGUAAUCAACAAGUUGGUGACUGUUGCACUUGGAGAUGAGAAUAAGAAAGUCAGAAUGAGUGCAUGUGAAGCCCUCGGGAAGAUCGGUGAAAAAGCGGCAAAUAAUGACGUGAUCAACAGCUUGGUCACUGUUGCACUUGGAGACCAGGACCCGUAUGUUAAAUGGAGUGCAUAUCAAGCUCUAGAGAAGAUGGGUGAAAAAGCAGCAACCAAGGACGUGAUCAACAGCCUGGUGACUGUUGCACUAGGGGAUGGAACUGCUGUUGUCAGAAGGAGUGCAUGUCAAGCUCUCGAGAAGAUCGGCGAAAAAGCAGCAACCGACGAUGUGAUCAACAGGUUGGUGACUGUUGCACUUCGGGAUGGGGAUGAUACUGUCAGAAGGGGUGCAUGUGAAGCUCUCGAGAAGAUGGGUGAAAAAGCUGCAACCAAUGACUUGAUCAACAGGCUGGUGACCGCACUUGGGGACGAGAAUGAUGCUGUCAGCAUGAGCGCAUGUGAAGCUCUCGGUAAGAUGGGUGAAAAAACAGCAACCAAUGACGUGAUCAACAGUUUGAUGACUAUUACACUUAUGGAUGAGAAUGGUGGGGUUAGACGGAGUGCAUGUGAAGCGCUCGGGAAUCUCCACGAAAAAGUAGCAGCCAAUGACGUGAUCAACCGGCUGGUGACUGCACUCUGGGAUGAGAAUGAUGUUGUCAAAAGAAGUGCAUGUGAAGCUCUCGAGGCGAUGGGUAGAAAAGCAGCAGCCACUGAUGUGAUCAACAGUCUGAUGACUGUUGCGCUUGGGGAUGAGAAUGGUGGGAUCAGAUGGAGUGCAGUUAAAGCUCUCGGAAACAUGGGUGGAAAAGCAGCAACUAAUGACGUGAUCAACAGCUUGUUGACUGCAGUUGGGGAUGAAAAUGAUAAUGUGAGAUGCAGUGCAUGUGAAGCGCUCGGAAAUCUCCACGAAAAAGUAGCAACCAACGACGUGAUCAAGCGGCUGGUGACUGCACUCUAG